ACUUGAACGAGGAGGCGGCUGCACGCGAUGUCCGAGCGGGACCAAGCCGAAGUUUGCCCUCUGCUUUCGAUGCAUGGCACGCACAUAUAAUGUGAGUACAUUACUCGCUUCCAACAUACGGACGCAAUUCGGCGUAGAGUCAGAGUAAGGAUAAAUGCGAAGUUGCGGUGACGCCCGUGUUGCCGCUGGCGACAUUGAUUAUGGGCGCCUAUUCGAUCUUGUGAGAUCUGAGAUGCCGUGGGGUCGGCCGAACCCUCCCCCUCAUCAUGUUCCUUGUCGAGUCAUUUUGCCCCGCUGACUCAACAGACCGCACGCUGUUGGUCGGCUGCUUUAAGCUGCAUUUCUCGACUCAUCACUUUCAAGACUCACAUCUCCUCUCUUACGUCCACCAUCAUGCCUGCGCCAGUUACGCAGCCUCGCACGCUUUACGACAGAAUCUGGGAUGACCAUGUCGUCGAUGUCAAGGAGGAUGGUCUUGCUCUCAUCUACAUCGACAGACAUCUCGUUCACGAAGUGACGAGUCCUCAGGCCUUCGAGGGCCUUCGUAGCGCAGGUCGUCGGGUGCGCCGAACGGACUGUACUUUGGCUACUGUCGACCACAACAUCCCUACGGCAUCGCGCAAGAAUCUUACGUCUGUCGAGUCAUUCAUUGAGCAGCCAGACUCAAGAGCGCAAUGCCAGGCGCUGGAGGAGAACGUGAAGGAUUUCGGCUUGACCUACUUCGGCAUGAAGGAUAGGAGACAGGGUAUCGUCCACAUCAUCGGGCCUGAGCAAGGCUUCACUCUCCCUGGCAUCACAUGUGUCUGCGGUGACUCGCACACUUCGACGCACGGCGCGUUCGGCUCCCUCGCGUUUGGUAUUGGCACGUCCGAGGUCGAGCAUGUCCUCGCCACGCAGACCCUCAUGCAGAAGAAGAGCAAGAACAUGCGGAUCAGCGUCGAAGGCAAGCUGCCGGAGGGCGUCACCUCGAAAGACGUGGUCCUGCACAUCAUCGGUGUGAUUGGCACGGCCGGUGGCACAGGCUGCGUCGUCGAGUACGCCGGGAACGUCAUCCGCGACUUCAGCAUGGAGGCGCGCAUGAGCAUCUGCAACAUGAGUAUCGAGGGUGGCGCGCGCGCAGGUAUGAUCGCGCCGGACGAGAUCACCUUCGCGUACCUCCGGAACCGACCGCUCGCGCCGAAGGGCGAGGUCUGGGACCGCGCCGAGCAGUACUGGCGCACGCUCAAGACAGACGAGGGCGCAAAGUUCGACAUCGAGGUCAACAUCCGCGCGGAGGACAUCCUCCCGACCGUCACCUGGGGCACGUCCCCGCAGGACGUCGUGGCCAUCACGGGCAAGGUGCCUGACCCCGCCGCGAUCGAUGACGAGAAGAAGCGCGCGGCCGUUGAGCGCGCGCUGAAGUACAUGGGCCUCACGCCAAACACACCCAUGGAGGACGUCACGAUCGACAAAGUCUUCAUCGGCUCGUGCACUAACUCGCGCAUCGAGGAUCUGCGCUCCGCCGCGCGCAUCGUUCUCGCUGCGGGCCCCGAUGCGAAGGUCGCGCCAAACGUGUCUGCGAUGGUUGUCCCGGGCUCGGGGCUCGUCAAGCAGCAUGCGGAGGCGGAGGGCCUCGACGUCAUCUUCAAGCGCGCGGGCUUCGAUUGGCGCGAGGCGGGCUGCUCGAUGUGCUUGGGUAUGAACCCGGACCAGCUGAGGCCAGAGGAGCGCUGCGCAAGUACGAGCAACCGCAACUUCGAGGGCCGGCAGGGCCCGCGUGGUCGCACGCACUUGCUGAGCCCUGCGAUGGCGGCUGCGGCUGCGAUGACGGGUAAGCUUGCGGACGUGCGGAAGUUCCUGGGUGUCGAGACGACGUCGCAGGCCAAGCUGAAGGUCACAAGCGCCCUGGAUCUGUUGUCCGACGACGUCCUGCCGCCACCUGAGCCCCAGCAGGAGACGACGAGCACGUCCACGUCCACCGCUGACAAGCCCUUGCCGUCCGCGGAGACGCCCUCUAGCAUGCCACCGUUCCGUGUGCUCAAGGGCAUUGCGGCGCCCUUGCACAUCGAGAAUGUUGACACGGACAUGAUCAUUCCUGCGCGGUUUUUGAAGACGUUGAAGCGCACUGGGCUGGCGAAUGCGUUGUUCUUCGCUCUGCGGAACAACGCGCAGACAGGCGAGAAGACCGACUUCAUCAUCAACCGGGAGCCGUACACCCAGGCGAAGAUCCUCGUGUCGGACGGGCCGAACUUCGGUUGCGGUAGCUCGCGUGAGCACGCGCCAUGGGCUCUGAAGGACUUCGGUAUCUUGUCCGUGAUCGCUCCCAGUUUCGGAGACAUCUUCCGCAACAACUGCAUGCAGAACGGCAUGGUUCCAAUCGUCCUGCCCCAGGCCCAAUGCGCCGCCCUCGCAGAGGACGCUGAGGCACAGAAGGUCCUCGAGGUCGAUUUGGAGAAGCAGGAGGUGCGCCGGUCAAACGGCGAGGCCUACCCCUUCGAGAUCGAUCCCUUCCGGAGACAUUGCCUGCUGAACGGCCUGGACGACAUCGCGCUGACGCUGCAGAAGGUGGACAGUAUCGAGGAGUUUGAGAAGCGAAGGAGCGAAAUGUGGCCGUGGCUGGAUGGCUUUGGCUACAAGGGCACGAAGAUCCCCGUGUCGCCGAAAAAGAACACGAAGAUGGAGUGGUGAGCUUGUACGAGGUGGGAGAUGUGAAAAUAGCUGCUCGUAUGCGAGCUUGUGUACUUCUUGUUCUCACUGCUCAGUGCUUUUGUAUUACAUUGUCACAGUAGUCGCGAUUUACAAUGAUGUGUCAAAUACAUAAGUCAAGAUACCUCAGUCCAAGUUCAGACAGAGGGUGUUGCUUUCCGCUAUA